CUCAUUUCCCGUUUGUUGUAUAUAUUUCAAUCAUGUAUGGCAGGUUCGUGCCUAAUCUUGCCCUAUAUUUCGUCUUUUUUACGUCGAAUAAUUAUGGCAGUGGUCGGGAUAAAUGCAAUAGUCACAACUACACAGUAAUCAAUGACAGUCGACGGAGUAUAACCAACAUGGCAAAACCUGAAGAUGGAUUACUGUGCGACCGAAAUGCGAUUGACGAAUCGACAUGGUAUCGCUUCAAGAUCAAUACGAGCGCCAUUGUCGGUGAUCAAUUGGCAACAACAAAACCUCCCCUCAGUAGAUGUGGGACCUUUUCUCCGAUAUGGAUGAACGGGAGCCAUCCAACCGCAGCUGAAGGGGUAGUGUUGAGAAAAGCUUGCGCGUAUUUACCUUACGCUGCCCCACUCGGCUGUGCUAAGUCCUAUGAAAUUAAGGUCCUAAACUGCAGUGGGUUUUAUGUGUACCAAUUGAAGCCUCCAAAACAGUGUUACCUGGCCUAUUGCGUUGCUUCAAACUAUAAACCUACCAUUUCCCCCAAGACAACAUUACCUCCCGUGACAACAUUACCUUCUACGACAACAUUACUUCCCACGACAACAUUACCUCCAGACUUCAAUGAAUGUGUUCAAACUGUCGGAAAGUGCCAUCCUAACGCAACUUGCAGCAACGACACCGGAUCAUUUUCUUGUAAAUGCUUGUCAGGAUAUGACGGAGAUGGAAAACUCGUCUGCACAGGUUGAAAAAUUCGUUAUUUCUGAAAAAAUAGCACCAGAUCUGCCACUUUUAUCUCCGACCAGCUCUUCGUUAUCUCUUCUUAUUACGUGUCCAUAUCAACUCAACCUUGCUUCCCUCAUCUUCUCUGCAAUGUCCACCACCUCACAUCUUCUUCUGAUCUCUUCAUUUCA